UUUGCGGGCUCUGCGUUCGCGAAACGCUCCUCUUCUGUUUCUUGCAGUUGCUGGAUGUAACUUGCUUGCAUAUUACUGCUGCUGGCAGCUACAUUUUAAAAAUUCAAUGAAAGAUUUGCUGAUGAUUUCGAAAAAUAUUAUCGCACCUGUGACUUCACUUGGGCGUCUGCUCUGUCUGCUCAGCUUCAAAAGAGAUCAGGUGCAAUGUAUUCAUUACCUUUCAGAUGUUGCGCUGGUUAGUGGUUACUAGCCACCGUAAUAUCGUUUCACAAGUUGAGAAAAGCCGACGAAGAAGUUGUAACAUGUCAAGCCUUGCAAAACUUGCGAAGCAGAAGUAUGACUAUUUCCUAGUUCUUGACUUGGAAGCUACUUGCGAAAGAGAACGGGCACCACGACCACAGGAGAUAAUUGAAUUUCCCGUAUUAAAAGUCAGUGGCCAUACCUUUGAAAUUGAGUCAAUAUUUCACGAGUACGUUCGGCCAAAGGCUCAUCCUGUUCUGUCUUCAUUCUGUACUGAGUUGACCGGCAUCAUUCAAGAUAUGGUAGAUGGACAGCCUGUCUUCGAAGAUGUCUUACAGAUGUUUGUCACCUGGAUGAGGGAACAGAGGCUUCUGUCCAGCCAGUUUAUUUUUGUAACUUUUGGAGACUGGGACCUUCUCAAAAUGUUACCCUCCCAGUGCGCUUAUUCUGGUGUUCCUGUGCCUGAAUAUAUGAAAACGUGGGUCAACCUGAAGAAGUCUUUUUCAGAAGCCACAGGUCACUGGCCAAAGACGCUUCCACAGACAAUGGAGUACUGCGGAAUGGAAACCAUUGGAAGGCAUCACAGUGGGAUAGAUGAUUGUCGCAACAAUGCCGCAAUCCUCAAGUGGUUGGCUCAGCAGGGCUACGUCUUCUCAGCCACUGGAUCAACUCUGCCAUCAUGAUUCAGUAUAUCGGUAACGAGGCAAUCUCCUAUUGUGGGUGGCAGGGGUGGCCAGUAAUACUUUUGAGCAUUUGUAUUAUGUAUUAUAUGUGAUACUCAAUUACUCAUCCUCUGAAUGUACUUGUAUUAUAGCGCGCAAAACUAAAGUAUAUUACGUGUAUUACAAUGCUCCAAAAGGUGUAAUACUUACUGAGAUAUCAUAAGUCUGCUCUACCUAGUGUCACUGGUGCACUUUAUCAGCAAUUUUCUUGUAUCCCACAAACCUUUUGGACAAUAAACGAGGCCCUACUAUUACCUUACUCCAAAUUUUCCUAAAAUGAGUGACCUCAGGGUUAAACGCUACUGGAGCUGUCCUGCAUUCCUCCUAGUUGAGUGUUCCUAAGGACGAGUCGUUCACAAGGUCUGAAACAGUGCGUCCAGUCAUCCUUACACGUGGUUGCACCAUGGCCAGUCCCGCAAUUUUGGACGGCCCAUUUUAUAUACCCAGACUAGGCUAAAUCAAAAGUUGGCCCGCUUUGAGUCUGCGGCUCAAACUUGAUCAGCGGUAUCUCGUCAUAUCAGAGAUAGUAUUCUCAUUUGCCAGCGUUCAUUUAAGACUGAAUAGGCACGCAGUAUAGGACUGUCUCUUUGAAAACAUGUUUGGAGAACGAAUGUCUCAAUAAGUAGAGCACUAAUUGUGUAUAUAUUUAUUUCUAAUUUUUUCUUUCUCGAGAACCUCCGCUAAAUAUGUAUCAAUGUACUACCACGAUUACUUAUGUAAUACGCAGAAGUAUUAGUAUUAUAAAUUAUCAUUAGGC